AUGGGGGGAGCGUCGAUGGAGGGAAAGGCUCCAUUUCACGGACACAUGCAAGAACUCGUCGACAAUGUCAUCAAGACAUACAGCACGGUAUACUUCCUAGUCAACAACGCCGGUACUGCGGGACAAAUGAGCUCUCACGACAAGAUCAAUGAAGCUUCGUUUCGUCGGAGAUGGGAGAUUGCAGCCCUUGGCACAGCGUUACUAAUUAGUAUGGUGUGGCCGGUGAUGGAAAAGCAAAAGAUCACUCGUCGGUUCUUCGAGACGCUACACGUCGCCGUCUAUGUCGCCUCCCUAGCCAGGAAGCACUGCGCCGUCUCUGGAGAGGCUUUCAGCGUGGGCGGCGGAAGAGCGGCCCGAACCAUGUUGGCAACAUUUCCGGGCUUCGUCAGCGACACGCCCGAAGGAUUUAUCGAGAAUUUUGACAAAGUCGUGGGCGAUACCACGAAGAUUUAUAUAUCCACAGAUUGUCUGGACGCGGUGUCAUACUCGAUAAAGAAUGCUACAGGAGUCGACGUGGGAAAGAUCAACAUAAAUGGUAGCGACUCCUCAUAG